AUGGUCAGGCUACCAAGAAUUGGUACGCACCGGGUAGUACUGAUUGUUUCUACGGCGCUUUUUGUGUUUGCGGUAUGGGCGAUAUGGCUUGGUGUUAAUUCAGACAAGGACAACAUUCAUCCGUUGCUCAAUCAACUGAUUCCAGCCGGACAUUGCGCCUGCCAAACAUCAACUGUCUUCCAAUGUGACCAUUGUCUGCAAUGUUCAGCUCCAAUACCCCUUCUGUCUUCUGCCGCUUCCACACCGAUCGAUGACUACAGUCUGAAUGCCAAAAACCUUGCCCUCAAUGCGUCGCAGUGUCAAGCAUUUCUCCCUGGGUUGUUCCAGGACCCUUACCGUGCACAGGAUUACUGGACUGAUAGAGGCGGAAUACGCCUCGUUGAUUUGGAUAAUAUUAAGAUGGUUGACUCCAUGGCGCGUGUGGCCAUUCAGGACGGUCAGCUGUAUAUCGUCCGGGCCCUCUCUAAAGGUGAAGAUCACCGCCGCAAAAUCCUCGGCAUCUUGAGCUCCAUUCAUCGAGCAUUGGUGACAGCACCAGACCCAGCGGCUAUCCCCAACACAGAGUUUAUCUUCAGUGUGGAAGACAAGCUCGACGACGUUGCCGGUUCGGGACAUCCGUUGUGGAUGUUAGCACGGAAAGCCACCGAGGAGGCUGUCUGGCUGAUGCCCGACUUUGGCUUCUGGUCAUGGAAUAAUGACAACUUGGAGGCCAUGAUUGGCCCCUUCGACAGGGUUGUCGACCACAUUGAGAAGAAUGAAGUUCCCUGGCAUGAGAGGAUUAACAAGCUUGUGUGGCGUGGCAAACUCAGCUUUGCGCCCAAACUUCGACGUACCCUGCUCGAAGUAGCGCGCGGUCAGCCCUGGGGCGACAUCAAAGACCUGGAGUGGAAAAAUAAGGCGAACUUUCUGAGCAUGGAAGAUCACUGCAAGUAUCGGUUCAUCGCACAUGUCGAGGGUCGCUCCUAUUCCUCGUCGCUCAAAUACCGGCAGGCCUGUCGGUCAGUCAUUGUCAUCCACAAACUGCAGUAUAUCCAGCAUAACCACUAUCUCCUCGUAUCGUCCGGGCCUCAUCAGAACUAUGUCGAGGUGGAACGCGAUUUCUCUGAUUUACAAAUCAAGAUGCAAGAUCUGAUUGACCAUCCAGAUAAAGCCCAAAAGAUUGCCGACAACAGUGUGAGUGUAUUUCGCGGGCGCUAUCUCUCCCCGCGGCGGACGCAUGCUACUGGCGAACUUUGUUGGAAACAUGGGCCGCAGCUUCUCCGAGCAUCAGAGCUGACGAGCUUUCUGAGGGCCUUCGAUUUGAGGCUUUUACACUACUCACUUCGGAUGAGAUGUUGGCUUUUUCUAUGGAUGCAACACCUGGACGCAUUCAAAAAGGUUAGCGGAAAGGGAAACCAUUCUCGCGGCAAAAUGGAGACGCAGAGAAGGCAGCUUGAUAUGAGUGCUCUGGCUGAGAUAAUGGCUUGUGCUCCGCUGAGUUCCCUUGUGAUACAUGCCAUCUUUCACCAAUGGGAUGAAAGCCCCGAAGUGCAGCCUGGAACUCUGGGAGUCCAGGGUGAAACCAUCAAAAAGUCCAACUUAAGCCCAACUUGUUAUUUUGAACAAUAUCGAAGCCUUCUGUGGCUAGCACAAAUGGCAAUCAGAGCUCCGCGUGGGUUGGGUUAG